AUGUGUCUCGAGCGUACUCGACCGCCGCUGCGGCGCUAUCCGCCCACUCUGAUCCCGGAUUUACUCAGUCUACCCACUGUGGUGCCCACAUCCACCGGCCUGAUACGGCGCACCACCGGUGCAGGUGGCUUGUUCGCCGAUUUGGCCACUCCCUCUGAAGCUUUACUUGCGCUAAGUGCUGCCGCAGGCGGCACAAAACUCAGCCCGAUCCAAGGUUUCCGGGUGAAAGUGAGCAACUUGCAGCCAUCGGUAACGCUGGAUGAUGUCUAUGAAUUGUUCAGCAGCGUGGGUAGCAUGCGUCUGUGUAAUCUGAUCCGUCCUGGUCAAGCCGAGGUCGUCUACAACGAGGCCGCAGAUGCUAGAGAGGCGGUACGACGUUAUCAUGGUCGUGAACUGGAUCACAAGCCGAUGCAUGUACAGUUAUUAACUCCCGUACCGGAUAGCGUGGGGCCGCAAGCGACCAAUUCGAUCCGCUUUGCUUCACGUCUUGGGCCAUCUGUGGGCACUAGCUCGUAUCAGUCCGAUGGACCGUUAUCCCAUUCCCGUGCUGGAGCUCGAGGCACAAACAACAGUGGUGGCAACAUCACGGCCGAGGUGGAUAUCAGUGUGAUUCGCAAGGCGUUGUUUAAUGUGACUACCGAAUCCGGACCUCGUAGACCAGUGGACUUCAACGUGAGCCUGCGUUAG